CCGCUUUUCGCGGCGCGCUGGAACCCACGGUUCCGAAUACAAACGGUCGGCGCGAGAGGAGCCCCGGGGCGCGGGCGCUAGGGCUCCGGGGCUGGACGCCUGGUUCCCGCCACUUUCUCGAGUUACUUGUGCUCCCUUCUCCUUGGUCCGAUCGCCUUGGGAACCCUGCCCUUUGCCUGGCGGCUGCUGGCUGCGCCAGAGCCUGCGGACGGGCUGUGCUCCGUGGACAGGGUCUUCCGAGGUUCCGGAAUUGUAGGCGAAUGAUCAGAUGAGAAGUUACAAGAUUUUUUAGGAGUUGGAGCUGAAUCUAAUAUUCAAUAAUGGCAACAGGUGACUUAAAAAGAAGCUUGCGGAAGCUAGAACAAGUACUUCGUUUGCUAAAUUACCCUAAUGAAGUGGAUUAUGUUGGUUUGAUGAGAGGGGACACCGCAGCAUCCUUGCCCAUCAUUAGCUAUUCUCUUACCUCGUACUCCCCUUAUAUAGCAGAGCUUCUCAUGGAAUCCAAUAUAGAGCUCAUAGGAAAGAACGAUGUGCGCUUCACAGACACCGUCUAUAAGCUUCUUCGUGAUCAAUUUGAUUAUAAACCAAUUUUGACAAAAAAACAGUUUAUACAGUCUGGAUUUGCUGAGUGGAAAAUCCAAAUUGUCUGUGAUGUAUUGAAUUGUGUGAUGAAAAAGCACAAGGAGUUGAUUGGCUCUGACAAGAAUCCAUCAUGCCAAAAAAAGAAGAACAUCUCUGAAAAGCCAGAACCUUGUUUGAGCAGUGAGAACCCCACUGUAGAGGCUAUUGGCGUUGACAUCACUGGCAGGUUCAUGACUUCAGGGAAGAAAAAAGCUGUGGUGAUCCGUCACCUGUACACGGAAGACAGCGCUGACAUGCCCGAAGGGACAGGAAGUUCGGCAGAAGUGAGUGAAGGGUGUGAAGAUUCAGAGCAGACCUCUGACAUCAUGAUUGCUGAGGAGCAGGUCUCCAAUGUUGUGAUUGCUGACGAGCAGGCCUCUGACGUCAAGACUGAGCUGAAAGACGUAUGUGAUAAUCCUGAGAUUAUUGCACUUCAGAUCGCACUUGCUGAAUGCCAAGAGAAGCUUAAGAGGCUGACCUGGGUAGAGAAAAGGCUUGAGUGUUUGGAAGCCACAGCAAAAGGGAAAGUGAUGGUCGAUGAGAAGGCCUGGAAUAACCUCCUGAGCAGAGUCACUCUGCUUGAGACAGAGCUGCUGCUGUCUAAGAAGAAUGAAUGCGUAGAGCUUAAUGCAGCAAGUGAAGACUCUGACUCUGUUAGUGGCUUGGAUAAUGUGCCCUUUGAUAAACAGUACAGGAUGGGGGCACCAGCCAGUACAUACCGCUCAUCUGGCUAUAGCACAGUGUCACCAGAAUCAACGUCCAGGGGCUCCACUAUUCAUUGUUGUGGACUGAAAGAUUUUUCGGAGGGUUCUUUGUGUUGACGAGUCUUCAGAGUGUGUUUCAUUUAUUCAUGGUCCAUCUUUGAGGAUUGUUUACUUUGAGAAAUUGCCUAAAUUUGUUGCUUUUUAAAUUAAAGGAAACAACAAUCCAGAAAAUGGAAAGGAUGAAAAAAAUGUAAGUAACAGAAAGAGGCAACAGAAAUCACUUCUCUGUAGGGAACUGAUUGGAGUGUGGUAUGCGGAUGUACGCAUGUGUUUUAGACCUUGUGAGGCUCAGUCAGUGUGGAAUUUCCUUUAAGACUCCAGUGGAUAGUAAAUCUACUUCCAGUUGGGUGUGUGUGAGAUGAGUCACUGCUUUGGUGUAAAACACAAUUCACAGAAUUUAUCAAAGGGCAAAGAUGCUUUGGUUGAUCAUUAAUUCAGAUUUCUCUACUUCUGAUAAUUGAUUGACCAAAACAUUACGAUAGUUGGGAGACAUUUUUAAUAUUAUGAUAGGCUUCAAAAUUACGUUGUGUUUCCAGUGAGCUAUUGAUCGAGUACCACGAUGAUGCUUUUACUGGGGAAAAAUAAUAUUAUAUCUAAUUUUAGCAAAGAGUGGUUUAAAGGAAAUAAAUGAUGAAAUGGUGUCAAAAUGUUUUAUACCCUACUACCUUAAAAAACCACAAAACUCUUUGACAUUUGGAAAAUUCUAAAAUAAUUUAUGCUGCAAGAAUUGGCUGAUUUAUGUUUGUUCUAUUUCUGUGUAUUAAUAUUAACUCUCCCUAAAAUAAGGAAAACACUCAGGUUUAUCUUAGGCUCAGAAGCAUAUGUCUAACAACUUCAAGCCUAUUACAUUAUGAGUUGUGCACUUAGCUGAUACAUCAUUUGUUCUAUUUCAGGUUUGAAGAGACUGCAGAGCUACUGAAAUGCUCAAGUCGCUAACUAUAGAGGUUUUUGCAUGAACGUCUCUAGGACUUUGGCUACUUAUAUAUGGUAUAUUUAAGAAUCCCUUUUAUAAUUUUAAUAUAUUGUAAUAUUUUAUUAAGAAUUUUAACUCUAUUUGAUAAUUGAGGUUUCUUUCUUUCCUAAAUAAAUACUUUUAAUAUUUUAA